UUUGAAACCAAGACCGGUGACCGGGCAUAUAGCCAUUCCGAAAAUAAAUUCAUCAUUUGUUUUUAUUUUGUGUUGUACGUAGGUUUGGUUAGAAUGAUAAAUACUGUAUAUUUUGAUUUAAUUGUUUGUAAAAUCUCAGUAUCCCAAUUAUACAGUGAAAUGCAAAGCUUUUUCUUGAAAUAAAUUGAAGAAAAGGAUAAAUGUCAUAAAAUUUAACUUUGUUGAGAAGAAAUUUCUAGCAAAACAGUAAGCCUAUUGUACAUUAGAAGACAUAUCAUUUUGGACGAUCUAGCACGUGGUCUGAGGUUGGAAAAGUACCGAUCAGAAAUGCCCCUGGCCAUCAGUGUGGACCUCAUUUGCGCCUUCGGCACCAUCCCGCACUUCUGGUCACAUAAACGCACUGCUGAAGUUUGUGGCAAAUUAUGCACUGCUCCAGAUGGUGAUUACUUUGUUACCUGUUCUUUCGAUCCAAACCACAUACUUCUCCGUUCCAAGAUGCCUUAUCAUAUCAUUAAAUGUGUCAAGCAGCAUCCAGGUCAUAACAAAAUACAAUGUCCAUAUGACUCCACUGAGUAUAUUGACCCAGAGGAGUUCCCAAAUCAUCUCGUUACAUGUGAAUCCAAGAAAAGCAUAUUUUCAGGUACAUAUGAAACUGCUGAACUGAAAGCAUCUGGAACUACUUGUAACAUCCAGCCAACUCCAUACUUCCAUGAGUCUGCACCGAAGACAGAUGAAGAGUGGGGUAUCCCACGUGCACCAUGUGAGGAAGUAGAGGAUGAGCCGUUGGUGGGAGUGGGACGUGGUGUAUCAUUACCGGGAAAGAAAAGAGUUGCACCUGUGAAGCGGGGAAUGGGUCGAGCAGAACUUUUAAGACACAUCUUCCAAAAAUAUCAGGAAGAACAAGAUUGUCCAGGUUCACUUUCUUCAAGUAGUAAAGAAGAAACAUUAAGUGUUGCUAGUACUGGACAGUUUGAUGAUGUUUAGAAGUUCUGUUGUUUAAUGGUGAAUUCUAGCUUUAGUUUUAAUUUUUUUUUAACAAAUCCUAUUUUACUUCUUAUAUACUGAGCAUAAAAUGCUUCAAAAUAUAAAAAGCAACAGUCACUUACCCUGACAAUUUUUGGAUGGGUGGAAUGGAAAAAUAAAAUAAAAGAGAAGUGUUUAUUGCCCAAAAACAUUUUUAUAGAAUACCCACAGUGUUUGGAUGUAUUUCCCUUAAUGAACAUUUUCAAGCUGCAAUUUCUCCCUUUUGUUAUUAUUUAAAAAUGUAAUACAAAAGAAAAAUGUUGGCUCAAUCAUAUAUCUAAUUUUUAUUCUUAAGUCAAAAACUGAAUUGAAAAUUUAAAAAAAAAUACAGAAUAGUCAGUGAUCAGAAACGCAAUCAUUCUGGAGAUACAAUUUGUGACAAACCGUAUUAAGAAUUAUAUACUUCCAGUUUGUCUUGUAUUUUUAUCUUAAAACUGUUUAUAACAUUGAGUAUCAUUCACCCAUUCAUAAAUAUUUAUACAACAUUAGUUUUUUCACUUAAUAUUUUACCUUAAAAAUCUAUAAAACUAUAAAUAUAAAAACCUCUAAUUUCUUACCUUUUGGUUCUCCUACAUUUGAAUAAUUUAAAAACUGUAUGAGUAUGUCAAAAACAAAAAUCUAUAACUAUAAAAUAUGUUGUUUCCUUUAUGUAUUAGCUAUCAUUUAGAAAUCAGCAACGGAGUGAUUUGUUAUGACUGUAUAACACAAUUUACAUUCAAGGUGAAAAUAAAUUAACCCUCGCCUUGCUAUGUUACUUAAGAUAUAAUUGAAAUAAUAAAGAAAACAUUUUUAAUACUAACCUGACACCUGGACUCAUCAUGUGAAAGUACUAAUCUUAGACGAGUCGCAUUUCAGUGCUAAGACUUUCUCAUACAGUCGCAUUUUUUCAUACAUUUUUUCCGAAUCAAUAGAGCCAAAUUUUUUAAGUUUCUAACAUCAUAAGUAAUUCAACAAACAUUAAAUCAUGUUUACCAAUAAAUAUAAUUCUCUUGCAAGCAAAAUUUUAAAAAUGAAAUAUUUAAGAAAAUGCAUUUACAACUAGUACAAAGAACAGUGAACUCCAAAAACAAUAGUUUAAUAAAUUAAUAAUAAAAUUAUGACUUAAUUUCAAGAGUUAAAAAACUUCUACAUUUUUAAUUUAAUUUAAUGCUUGCUUUUCCAAAGUUCAGUUGCUGGUGUUUUGGAGCAACACACAAAAAUAUUUUGAGUUCUGAUGUUCUUUUAUUGUUUUUGUUUUUUAUGUGGACUUUACCCUCCUAAUGUAAAAAUUCAGCACUUACAUGACCUAACUGAAGUUUUGAAGAUAAAUUGGAAAGUCAUUAAGGUUGAAUAAUGUUAGUCUAAGGACCGGGCCUUGGGUUCCUCUUUAAGUUUUAAGUGGGAGUUAUCUAAUUUUCAAUGUGGUUGUUUAUUUUGUGUGACAUUUCUAAACUAUUUGUGAUGUGUCAUGAAGUUAGCUUGACUUCCACUUCCAUAAAAAUUUCUCCUAUUUUCAUUUUAUUUUUUUACUAACAAUAAAUCAGGCUCCAGGCAGUUUAUUCCACUGAAAGCUUCUAUCAUGAGAUAUUUCUUUUGUUGGCUGUGUUGCAGACAAUAACUAAAUAUACUAACCUUAUAUUUGUCCUGCCCUUACAAUGGACAUGAAGAAAGCGAUCUUAUAAUAAUGCUAUUCCAUUGAUCCAUGUUCAUGGCUUACUAAGAAUUAAAGUACACAGAAUUCAGAAAUAAUAGUAAAGCAGAAUCUGCUUAUGAACAAUUGCCCGAUUAUUUGCUCUGAUCAACAAUAAUGGAAAUAUUUUACUGUACUUUAUGUUGAAAAACAUGAGUCAUCUUUGAAAGAUGAAAUGAAUUUAAAUUUAAACUACAUGGUCGAGUAAUUUGUGUAUGAAAAUAAUUCUCAUUUUUAAUAAAUUUAACAUAUUUCAGAUUCUCAGAGACAUGCUUUCAUUCCUCUCAGAUACACCUAAAAUAUCACAUGCCUGUCAUAUAAAUGACUUGCUAAGUCAAUUCCCAAUUGUAAUACAACAAUAUAUUUUCUUACUAUAGUCAAAAGUUUCAUAUUAAUGAAAGUGUUUACCAUUUAAUUAUGCUUUCAUUUAUAGUUUCUCGGUUUAGUUUAGUAAUUCUACUUUAUAUGUAUCUUAGUAUUUUAUUAAUGAAUGCUAUCUAAUAACUUUAAAAAAGACAAAAUUGAGUGGUUUUUAAUUUUACAGUUUUUUUAGUUUAAUUUUUUGUCAACCAAAUAUUGUAAACAUUGUUGAUUUUAUAGUUGUUAUAUUGCACAGUUUACGAAAAUGGUCUUCAUUAUAUUGUAAAAAAUUGUAUAAUAUUCAAUUUAUUUAAAAAACAAUAAAUUAAUAGCCUAUAUUAUUAUUUAUCCUGGUGGAAUUUCUGUAACAAACUGUAAUUUAUUUUCAGUUUCUUAAUAGUGUUUUUUAUUACAUACAAAAAUCAAGAUCGUGAUUCAAUGUACCAUAUUUGUUUAUUAAUAAAAGCUUAACAGUUUUUGUAACAUGUUAA